CUGUCAGUAGUUAAAUUUUGCUUGACAGAGGAAGCUGCCUCUUGGAUUAUAAGGACGUGUUUCAAUAGACAGACAUCCACAUGCUGUUUUGUAAGGAUACAUAUAAUCCCUGGAUAUAACCAUGUUUUUGUGGGUAGAACUCUUGGUGUUUGGCCUGGCUCUUGUGGACAUGGAAGUUUUCAUAAAUGGCCAAUCAACAACACCACAAACAUCUAUUCUGAAAGAAACAAAUGGAAAAACAACUCCUGGCUUUUCAUUGACACCUUCACGCACCACUCCAUUCUCACCUGCAAGCACCUUCGAAGCAAAGCCUGGUUCUCCAACCAGCGAAACAGUGCCUCCUCCUGUUUCUCAGGCCGUUAAUUUUACUGAAACCUCUCUUAGCAAAGAGAGCGUGGCUUUUACUUCUACAACUGCUUCCCUCACUCUCACAGAUGACGGGAGUACUCCCUUUACUCCAACCACUGGCACCGCAACAAACAUCUCUUCAGCUCUCCCAAACACCACCUCAAUAGACCAUAGUAAGAUUUGUGACGCUAUUCAGCAUUCUGUGAACUUUGCAGAGGACCGUCGUGAUGCAAAUCUUACGUUUAAUGGAUCAUUAGAUUUGCUGGACGUUACCUGCCGUCAUUGUGAUUGGAAAAAAAAGACCAAUACUUUAUCUGAUCUGACAGAAUGCAAAACCUAUAACAUAACAGCAAGGUUCAGCAAAGAUUGCGAGAAAGAUUUUUCCAUUGAUGUUAACAUUUCUGAUAACAAGGCAAUAAAAUCAGUCUUCAAUGAUACUACAAUAACUUUAUCUUGGGACACUGCUGAUAAUUGUUCAUUGAACUAUUCAUACUGUUGCUUCCAAAAUGGUCAUACGUGUAGUCCCAUUCAACAUGACAAGAAUAAGUAUCAGUUUCAAGUGUUAGCCAACACAAACUACACAUGCAAUUCAUCGAUUGAAGUAUCAAGAUUUGUUGGCAAAUCAGUAUAUGAUAUACGUAACAUAAAAACGGACUAUGGAAAGCCAGAUACACCUGAAAACUGUUCACCAAAGUCAACUGAAGAAAGUAUAAAGAUUCAUUGGAGGGCACCACAAAACGAGAGAAAUGGCCCUAUUCAUGGUUAUAUAAUCAAUAUAAGCAAUACUGAAACUGGUGAAAAACUGCCACAUGGGAUAGCAAAAAACAGCAUGGAAUAUAAUAGGACUGGUUUAAAACCUUUCACAGAAUAUACAGUGAUGGUACAAGCAUACACAGAGACAGAAAACAGCACACUCAAGGGGGAUGAAUGUAUUAAGAAUAUUUGGACUCAGUCAACAAAACCAAGUCCUUUGAAAGACUUUAGCUUAAACCUAUCCAAGAAGGGACACAAUAUUGUAGAUGCUUCUUGUAUGGGACCAGAUGAAUUAAAUGGACCCGAAAAACACUAUACUUUAAAAUGGGAUGGCAAUAAUGAACAGACCAGCAAAACUUGCAAAUUCGAAGUGGACAAUCUUUCUUUUUUGAAAACGUACACUUUUCACGUGUCUGUUUCCAAUGGAGAACAUUCUUCAGAUACAAUAUCAAAAACAAUAAGCACCAAAUAUAAUACUAAAGCUGUCAUUGGAUUCUUGGCAUUCCUGAUUAUUGUAACAGUUGUGGCUCUGCUUCUUGUCCUGUAUAAAAUAUACAUCCUGAACAGAAAGAACUCAAGAGAUGAAGAAGAAGGAGUAAGGCUUGUAACCAGAGAUGAUGAAAGACACAUGAAGAACAUAGACCCCAUCCCUGCGGAGUUAUUGUGGGAAUCUUAUAAGAGAAAAAUAGCCGAUGAAGGAAGGCUUUUUCUGGAUGAAUUUCAGAGCAUUCCCAGAGUCUUCAGUAAAUACCCCAUAAGAGAAGCACGCAAGCCUUAUAACCAGAACAAGAAUCGUUACAUCGAUAUCCUCCCAUAUGAUUACAAUCGCGUGGAACUUAACUCAAGCCCCGGGGAGCAAGGAUACGACUACAUCAAUGCAAGCUAUAUCGAUGGCUUUAAAGAAUUGAAGAAAUACAUCGCUGCCCAAGGUCCAAAGGAAGAGACCAUAGAUGAUUUCUGGAGAAUGAUCUGGGAACAAAAAGCCACCAUUGUUGUCAUGGUGACUCGCUGUGAGGAAGGCAACAAGAUCAAAUGUGCCAAGUAUUGGCCCUCAAUGGAAGAGGAGAGUGCAUCUUAUGGGGACAUUAUAGUAAGCAUAAAUGAACGCAAAGUGUGUCCGGAUUACAUAAUUCAGAAGCUGCACAUCAACCAUAGAAGAGACAAGUCAGCAGGAAGAGAUGUGACCCACAUUCAAUUUACAAGCUGGCCAGAUCAUGGGGUACCUGAUGACCCCCAUCUUUUGCUCAAGCUGCGCCGCCGAGUCAAUACUUUAAGCAACUUAUUCAGCGGCCCAAUAGUAGUCCAUUGCAGUGCUGGAGUCGGACGGACUGGGACCUAUAUUGGGAUUGAUGCAAUGCUGGAGGGAUUAGAGGUUGAAGGACGAGUUGAUGUAUAUGGAUAUAUUGCAAAAUUACGGCGUCAGCGAUGCCUCAUGGUUCAAGUGGAGGCACAGUACAUCUUGAUCCAUCACGCUCUGGUUGAAUAUGUCCAAUUUGGCGAAACAGAGGUCUUUGUUUCAGAACUGCCCAACUAUCUCAGUCAGCUGAAGAAAAAGGAUCCUCUCAGUGAUCCAUCUCUGCUGGAAGCUGAAUUUCAGCGACUGCCUUUAUACAAAAACUGGCAGAAUCAGAAAGCUGGUAGAAAACAAGAGAACGCGGAGAAAAACCGGAGUGCCUCAGUAAUUCCAUAUGAUUACAACAGAGUGUUAUUCAAACACGAAGAAGAAGGGAACAGAGAGUGUGAACAAGACGUCGAUUCGUCUGACGGGGAUAGCGAUUGUGAAGAGGAACCCAAUAAAUACAUCAAUGCUUCCUUUAUACCCAGUUACUGGGUUCAAAAUGGAAUUAUAGCAACACAAGGACCACUUCCAGAAACAAUAGGUGACUUCUGGAACAUGGUUUAUCAAAAGAAAGUCAAAGUUAUUGUGAUGCUGACAGACAAUCAGGAACUCUGUGCACAGUAUUGGCAAGAAGACAAAAUGACGUAUGAUAAUAUCACCGUUGAACUAAAGGAAAGCAGCCGCAGCCCCAGUUACACCACGCGUGCCUUCGACAUAAGUCACGUAAAGAGGAAAGACAGCAGGAAAGUCUUUCAGUAUCAGUACCAUAAGUGGGAUAGUUCUGCUCUCCCAGAAACCCCGCAAGAUUUAAUCACCAUGAUCCAGAAUCUCAAACAGAAGUUUUCAUCCCAAGAUGGAGCUGAAGCACAUUUGAUCAACAAGGGCAAGAACGUCCCACUUGUUGUCCACUGUGGUGAUGGUUCUAAACAAACCGGAGUAUUUUGUGCUUUGCUAAAUCUCUUGGAAUGUGCUGAGACUGAAGGCGUAAUCGAUGUUUUCCAAGUUGUGAAAGCUCUUCGUAGAGCCAGAACAGAAAUGAUUUCCUCCUUUGAAGGUUAUCAAUUUCUAUAUGAUGCUAUUGCAAGCCUGUAUCCUGCCCAGAAUGGACAGCUACAAAAUGCCCAAUGCCACGAACAAAUUACUAACACCCAGAAUGAAGUCAAGAAGGAAGAAGGGAGUAACUCUUUGGAGUCUGAUUUCCAACUUAUGGGUCAAGAAAGUGGAGAUGAUGCUGAGAUGUGCGAUGAUUUCAAAGCCAAGGAUACAUCUAGGGAAGCAGAGAGUUCUAUUAAUGGACCUACAAAUCCAGUUUUAAGUGGCAUGGCUUAGAAUUUGUAUCAAUCCUCGGUCCGCACCAUAGAGAAUAUUCCUUGAAAAGAAAAUUGAAACCAGAAUAUUAGAAAUGGCAUUCCUUUACAGAACACAUCUUGUAAAAUGCAAAGGAUUAUUUUCCUCCCAGGAACAAUAUGGAAGGAUGAGAAACUUUUGGAUAGAUAUAAUAAGACUGUGAAUUUUGUAUGCGUGUUUGCAUAGAAUUUUAAUCACUGGCUGUGAUUUGUGCUGUUUAAUAUUUUUCGAAGCACAGCACACUUUUUUUUAUAUAAAGGUCUUUUCCAUAGUUCCAAAAGAAGAGAACUGCUCUUCUCUUCCUUGUUGUUGUUGUUGUUAAGAGGAAAGAAAAUUAUUCAUAAACGGUUUUGUCUGUGAAAAUAUUCAGGUUGGUAUCCAGAAAGAAAGCACAGCUGAUUCUGAAUGCCCAGAGUUUGUUUAAAAAAAGGGAUAAGGCUUCAAGUAUAAGCUUGUAGUCACCAUCUUGAUUUUGUUUUAACCUUCCCUGCAUAUGCCGUAAUAUAUUUUUAUAUUAUAUUAGGAUAUUAAAACAGGUUGUAGUCUUGCAGGUCACAUUGCAAUAAUGAACUGAGACAACAAACAAAUGUUAUCAAAACAAGAGAGAUGUAAAAUAAAGUUUAUGACCUGGGUUAGUAUAAACGUGGACACAGAAUCUGAGCAAAGAACCUGAAAAAGUUAGAAUUCCUUUGACUUGAGCUCAGCUAGUGAAGAAGGUACGAUAGAUAUCCUUUUUUCAAGAGCAACGUAGAAGUGUUUUGCCAAAGCACAAAUUUCUAGUAAAAGUUUUUGAAUUGCAAAUCUAGACGUGGCCUCGAGAUGGCACUGCAUGUACAAGAAAUUCAUCUGAACCACCAACAAAUCUAAAGUUAUGAAUGCUGAAAGCUGCAUAAGGUUAAUUCAGCUAACGUUUACUUAGACAUGUUAAUACAGAUGUUCUGUUUUGUACUCUGUUUCUACGGCUUGAAUAGAAGUUUUAUUUACAAGAGGCUAUAUUUUAUUCUUUAUAGUUUAUUCCUUUGGAAAGGCUGCACUUUGUAUUAAAUUUUAUAUGGAAAACCG